AUGUGGGUAUCUUCAAAACCCUCAUCACUCGAUUCAUCUGCCCUCUCCUUCAGAUCGUUCAUCAGCCCAGUUCAAAUCCCAAAUUCCAAUCCAUCAAUUUCGAAUUCCAGACCUUCUUCUUCUUCGAUCAAUUGCAGUCUGAAGGAGCUUCGUGGUCGUAUAGAAUCAGUGAAGAACACCCAGAAAAUCACUGAAGCAAUGAAGCUUGUUGCAGCUGCGAAAGUGAGAAGAGCUCAAGAAGCUGUCGUGAAUGCGAGACCAUUUUCAGAAACUUUAGUUGAAGUUCUUUACAGCAUCAACGAACAGCUCCAAGUAGAAGACGUUGAUGUCCCACUUACCAGUGUCCGACCGGUGAAGAAGGUGGCGCUUGUGGUGGUCACCGGAGACCGUGGUCUCUGCGGUGGUUUCAACAACAUGAUCCUAAAAAAAGCAGAAGCAAGAAUUCGUGAACUCAAAACUCUUGGACUUGAAUACGUAGUCAUCAGUGUUGGCAAAAAAGGUAACUCUUAUUUUUCCCGGCGACCAUACAUUCCGGUGGAUAAGUUUCUUGACGGAAGCAACCUCCCCACUGCAAAAGAAGCUCAGGCGAUUGCAGAUGAUGUUUUCUCACUUUUUGUAAGUGAAGAAGUCGAUAAAGUCGAACUGUUGUACACAAAAUUCGUCUCUUUGGUCAAAUCCGACCCUGUGAUUCAUACAUUACUUCCAUUAUCGCCCAAAGGUGAGAUCUGUGACAUCAAUGGAGUCUGUGUUGACGCAGCUGAAGACGAGUUUUUCCGGUUGACCACAAAAGAAGGAAAGUUGACCGUUGAACGAGACGUCGUGAGGGCUGAAACCAUUGAUUUCUCACCGAUCUUGCAAUUCGAACAGGACCCAGUUCAGAUUCUUGAUGCUUUGCUACCAUUGUAUCUAAACAGUCAGAUCUUGAGGGCUUUACAGGAGUCUUUAGCGAGUGAGCUUGCUGCUAGAAUGACUGCUAUGGGGAACGCGACUGAUAAUGCUGUGGAGUUGAAGAAGAACUUGUCGCAGGUCUACAAUCGGCGACGUCAGGCCAAGAUCACCGGAGAGAUUUUGGAGAUUGUUGCUGGUGCUGAUGCGUUGGUUUGA